AUGUAUAUUAAAUUUUAUCUUAACGAUGAAGAAGAAAAAGGAAAUAUAGCUAGUAAUUUUAAUAUAUACUGUUCUAACGAUUUAUUAAAAGAAUUAAAAUUAAAUGCAGAUGAUAAUGCAGUAAUAUGUCGAAAAUUAAAAGACAAUGAAGAUAAAUCAUUUUAUGUUUGUUGUUGCUUCAAGAAUUACAAAGAAUUAAAUGUAAAGAAAAAGUUAGAUUUUUAUAGCGUUUAUGCUAAUACCUUUGUGUUAAAAAGUUUAAACAUUGAUAUAAAAAAUGAAAAUAAUAACGGAGAACCCUACAAUAUAAAUGUAGAAAUAAUAAAAGCGGAAGUUUAUGUUCCAAUUAAAGAAAUAAAAUUAAAUAUAAAAGAAAUAUUUAAUGAACCUUACGAAAACUUAAAAGAAUAUUAUGUUGAUUAUAGUAAUGAUAUAUUACAAACAUUUUGGAAAAAUAUAAAAAGUAAAAAUAUGGAUAGAUAUAUAAACCUUUCUUUAUUGAACACUUGCUUAUUCCAAGGUAAUGUUAUUAAACUUUGUAUAUUAGGUGUUCAUACCUAUUUAUACGUUAACGAAGUGAUAGCUCAAAUUAAAAAUAAAAAGAGUUCUAAGAAUAAUUUUUUUUUGAAUAACAAUUUUUAUAUACCUUAUGUAAAUCAAAGUACUAAGAUUGUGAUAGAAAAAAUAGAUGAUCACGAAAACUACGAAGAUAAUAGUGAACAGAAAUAUGAUGAAAAUGUAGGAAAAAAUGAAAAACAAGAAGAAAAUAAAAGAGAAAGCAAACUAAAGAGUUAUUUAGAAAAAAAAAGUACGAAAAAAAAGGGUUUGAAUAAAAUAGGAGGAUAUAAUAAAAUUAAAGAAGAUAUUUAUUAUUACAUAUUAUUACCUUUAAUAUAUAAAAAUAUUUAUGAUGAAUUUCAUAUUGAUAUCAAUAGAGGAAUAUUACUGCAUGGCCCACCUGGUUGUGGGAAAACAUAUAUUGCUCUAGCAAUAAAAGAAGAAUUAUUAUUAUUAAAAAAAAAAAUAAAUGAUGUAAAACUAAAAAGUAAAAUAAAUUUUCUUAUGAACUCCAAAAAUGAAAUGAAUGUAAAAAACCAAACAAAAUCAUUAGAUGGAGAAAAAGAAAUAUAUGAAAUAGAUUAUGAUGAUAACAUAAUUUUACCGGAAAUGGAAAUCUUAAAAAGUACUGAUUUAAUUGAUAACAAUAAUAACGGAGAAAAAAUAAAUGAGUUAUUUUUAAGGUGUCAUAAAAGAUACAAAGAAGAAAAAAAAUGUUCUAUUGUUUUUAUUGACGAAAUAGAAAUAUUAUGUGAAAAAAGAGAAAAUUGUAAUAUAAACUUAUAUACUUCUACAUUACUUAAUAACAUGGAUGGUAUAAAAAAACACACCUAUACUAUUUUAAUAGGAGCAACAAAUUAUAUUAACUUAAUUGAUUUGGCCUUAAGAAGAAGUGGAAGAUUUGAUAAAGAUAUUGAAAUAAAUAUUCCUAAUUUAAAAGACAGGAUUUCUAUAUUUAAAAAUAAGUUAAGCAAAAUUAAUCAUAAUAUCAGUUUAAAAAAAAUAAAAGAAGUUGCAGAUCUAUGCCAAUCUUUUACUUGCUCAGAUAUUAAUGCUUUAAUAAAUAUAUCAAUGUAUAUAAAUUUAAAAGAAAAUAAUGUAAUAUCUCAUAAAAUAUUUAAAAAAUCUAUACAAAAAUCUCAAAGAGACGAAGAUAAAGGAAAAAAAGUAUAUAUCACAGAAAAUAAUGGACAUAAACAAGAAAAUAACUCAAUAACAGAUAAGUUUACAGAAAAAAGUAACUAUGAAAAUAGAGUUGCUAACAUUGAUAUUAAUCAAAAAGAAGGAAAUACACAUGAAAAAUGGAGUAUACAAAAUUCUGAUUUUUGUCCUACAAAAUUAUCUAAUGAAAAAAAAUAUUUAUUAAGAUAUAAGCAUUUAAUAAAAGGGUUAAAAUAUGUAAAACCCUCAGGAAUGAAAGAAUUAUAUGUUGAUAUUCCUAAGACUCGAAUUAAAGAUAUAGGUGGAUAUAAAUUUGUUAAAAGAUGUAUUAAAGAGUGUUUAAUAUAUCCAAAAAAAUAUGAACAAAUUUAUGAAAAAUAUAAUAUACUUAGUCCCAAAGGUAUAUUGUUAUAUGGGCCCCCAGGAUGUUCUAAAACUUUAUUUGCUAAGGCAAUUGCUAGUGAAAUUAAUAUGAAUUUUAUAAGUGUUAAAGGACCAGAAAUAUUUUCUAAGUAUGUAGGAGAAUCAGAAAAGACUAUUAGAAAUAUUUUUAAGAAAGCACGGGAAAAUAAUCCUUGCGUCAUUUUUUUUGAUGAAAUUGAUUCUAUUGCUAUGAACAGAAAUAUAAAUCAAAAUUUUGUUUCUAACAGAGUUUUAUGUCAAUUGUUAAAUGAAAUUGACGGUAUUUGCAAUAGAAUUGAUGUUAUUAUUUUAGCUGCUACUAAUAGGCCUGAUCUUAUUGAUUCUGCAUUAUUAAGACCUGGAAGAUUUGAUAGAAUUAUAUAUGUUCCUCUACCAAAUUAUUCUUCAAGGUUUUCCAUUUUAAAAAAGACAUUAAAAUUUUACAAAAUUAAUAAUAUGAUUAAUCAAAAAAAAGGGGAUUGCUCUGAUAAUAAUUCAUGUAGAAAUAAUAGCAAUAACAAAAAUUCGAACACUGAGUCUAACAUUAAAGAUGAAAAAGAAGAAAUCGUUGAAUAUUAUGAUAAUACUAGUAAAAUAAAAAAACAAGCUGAUAUAAUUGAUAAUAAUUUAAAUUAUAAUUCUGAAAAAACAGAAACAGAAAAAAUAAAUGAAAAUAAUGAAAUGAAUAAUGAAAAGCACUAUUUUGAUAUUAAUAAGGAGUUCGAUAAUGCUUAUUUAAAAAAUAAAGAAAUAUUAAAUGAUGAUUAUUAUAGCAAAAAUAUGAAUACUUUGAAAAGUUAUGGAAACACUGUUGCUCACAAUUUAAAUAAAAGCAAUGAAGAAAGAAUAGUAAAGAAGGAAAGUAAAAAAAAAAAAAAAAAAAAUAAUAAUAAUAACGAUAAUAAUUUUAUAGAAUUGUGUCAUUUUCUAGCUAAAAACACAAAAAAAUAUAGUGGAGCAGAAAUAGUAAAUAUUUGUAGAGAAGCAUCAAUAUGUGCAUUAAGAGAAACUUUGAAAAAAUAUAAAAAUGAAAAUCAAGAAAAGAAAGAAUCUUUUGUAAACAUUGAUUUUGUUGGUUUAAGCAAAGAACAUUUUAUAAAGGUGUUAAAAAAAAUUAAGCCUCAAACAAGUGAUAAACUUAUAAAUUUUUAUAAAAAUUAUAAUGAACAAAAAAAAUAUUAA